CCCCAACAAAGCCCCCCUUCACACUCCCCCUCCCCUUCUUCUUCUUCUUCUCUUCCCCUCUCACCCCCUUCUCUUUUUAUAUAUAUCCUUGUUGUGAUUCCUAGACAGAAACGAUGCCCGCCUCCGAUCGCGGCCCCUCGCCGUUGCGCCCCCCAACGACCUCCUUCAGGGUCGAGGCCCAGCUCUCGCCGAUCGAUAGCGACCUCCACCCGGUCGUGCAUUACGGCCGCGUCGCCGUCGUCACCGGCGCCGCAAGCGGCAUCGGACGCGCCGCCGCGCGCGAGCUCGCCAAGCUCGGGCUGAAGCUCGCGAUCGCGGACUGGGACGCGGACGCGCUCGACGCGCUCGCGAAGGAGCUCGCGGCGAAGUACGGCGAGGCGAACGUGAUCGCGGUCCCGACGGACGUGAGCAAGCUCGAGGACGUCGUGCGCCUGCGCGAUCGCGUGUACGAGGCUUGGGGCGAGGUGGCCGUAUUGCUCAACAACGCGGCGGUGAGCGUGAAGGGCACCUCGUGGGAGGGCCUCGACAACUGGAGGAAGCUCAUGGACAUCAAUCUAUUCGGCGUUAUCAAUGUGCAGCACACGUUCGUGCCCUCGAUGCUCCAUCAAGAGAACCAGUCCGUCGUCAUCAACACCGGAUCGAAGCAGGGGAUCACCAACCCGCCCGGCAACGGGGCGGCCUACAACGCGGCCAAGGCGGCGAUCAAGAGCCUGACCGAGUCGCUCGCGCACGAGCUGCGCCAGCGGCCGCACAACAACGUGACGGCGCACUUAUUCAUCCCCGGGUGGACGUUCACGGGCAUGACCGGCGCCGGUGCGGCGUCCGCGUCGGGGGCGGAGAAGCCCGCCGGGGCGUGGACGGCGGAGGAGACGGUGCUGUACAUGCUAGACCGGGUGCGCAGCGGGGACUUUUACAUCCUCUGCCCCGACAACGAGACGCGGCCCGAGGUGGACCACCUGCGGAUCAUGUGGGGCGCGGGGGACGUGACGGAGGGGAGGCCCGCGCUGAGCAGGUGGCACCCGAACUACAAGUCGCUGUUCGAGGAGUACAUGAAGGAGGGGCUCGCAGCGCUCGAUUGA